UGGUUGGUACAAAAAGUCACAGCACUUCUACAAGCCCAUGAUGUUUUGGAAAAUGUUACAAGAGUACGACUUGUGCAGUUUCAGAAAAACGCAGAUGAACCAAUGGGAAUGACUCUGAAAUUGGAUGAAGAGGGAAGAUGUCUAGUAGCUCGUAUAAUGCAUGGUGGAAUGAUACAUAAACAAGCCACUCUCCAUGUGGGAGAUGAGAUCAAAGAAAUUAAUGAUGUUAGUGUUGCUGAUCAAUCAAUAGAUACUAUUCAAAAAAUGCUGAGAGAUGCAAGAGGCAGUGUAACACUCAAGAUUAUUCCUAGUUAUUAUAGUGGUCCAGCAUUUUGUGAGGUAACAUUUUUAUUCUGUAAUAAUUAUUUUUAAUUCUCAUAUUUAAUUUAAAUAAGCAAUACAAAACAUGAAAAACAUCUUAUUUAUGGUGAAUUAUAAAACAUCCUGAAAUUAAUGUUAGGUUUUUUUGAUCAGCAAUUUCAAACAGAUAUCAAUGUCUCAACAGCUGAGGCAAUUAACACAUCAGUCUAC